AUGCCACAUCGCCGCCCCACCAUCGCAAAACCCACGCCGCGCGCCGCCGUCCACCCUGUCCCCUACACAGCGCGCUCUGGCUCCCCACCAUCGCCACCACCGCCUUCCGCUGCUUCACCACCACCACCACCACCAACCCCCAUGAACACACCCAACCACGCGCUUGCCUUUGACCCACUGAGCUUCGUCGCCUCCUCAUGCACGGAUGCCCCGAAUUCUGAGCUGCCACACGGUCUGGCAACUGCCGUGGAGACCCUCCAUGCUGGCUCGGUGUUCCCGCGUAGCCCGCUCAGGAAGCGGGAUCCGGCCGCCGCGAUGCCGUCUCCGGGCCCGACCACAGUGCCCCCGUCUCAGAUCUACCCAAGAGCUGUCGACGUUUGGAUUGAUGCAGGAAACAACAUUUUGGGGGGCAGCAUUGCACCGAUUAUGGUGAUCAAAGUCUGGCCUCGCAAUGCACAGUUAGGGGACAAUGGUCAGCUCCUACCGUUGUUUGGGCCGCCACCGAUGAAUCCAACCCAACAACAGCCGGCUCAGCCUGAGCCAGCGCUCCCGCUGCAACUAGGACCAAGCAACGGUGCUGGGCCGCAAUCCAACAACCCUCCAGGCCCUGUUCAAAACAACGCUGAUACUGCCGCCAUUAUCCUGCGGCUGGCCGCGCUUCUUGCAGCCACCAAACUCGUCCUGCAAUCCCCCAGUACCACCACCACUGCAUCGCCGCCUUCAACCAGCUACUGCUCCACCACCUCGGCUCCACUAGCCAUGCUCCCAGACAACAUAAACUCCCUGAACCUGGUGGAGGAUAGCCCCCCUGCUCUGCCGCCAUCUCCUGCUGCCUCUGUUUCUCGCAGCAGCAACUCGGCAGGACGCUGUGGUCGCAGGCCAAGGGUUGGCAUUCGGAUGUCUGCUUUGAAGAACAAACGCAAGAGUGAGCGCCUAGCAGCCAAAGCUGGUGGCAAGUUCGUGGACAUGACCGAGAAAGCUGUGCAGCUCAAGGCCCUCCAAAAUGCCUUGGUGCCUUGCUCCUCAUCACUAAAGAACGCCGUGCAGAAGAAAGGCAUCCUCAAGCGCUCCAAGCUCCCAAUUUCAGCCUCUGACCUCCGCAGGAUGGUUUCUGCAGCAGGCUUGGGUGCAGGACCAGGGGCUGGAGGGGUGGUGCCUGGACCAUCCAUAUGA